UAUAUUUUUAGAAUAAUAUUUAAAAAUGUAAUUUUAUUUCGUUUCCAAUUCCGAAAUUACUAAUUUCCGCAUUAUUGCUGCGUUCAAGACAGAUACGACCGUUUCAUAGCCGUUUGUCAGCCUCAACAGCGAGAAAGGAGAGAGGAAGAAACGCUAAGAAAUGCGAGUGGCCAUUGUUAUUAGCAUAUAUUAGGCUUUUAUUUAAGUGAUAAUAUCCAACAUAACACCAAACGUAUAACUGUUAAAUUGUAUGGUGAAAGGCGGACCAGGGAGCCGACACAGACAACAGUUACAAUUAUUCCCAUACACCGUGAAUGCAACACUGUCCUCAAGACCAACAUGGCGAGCUGCAUGGGCAUGGUGCUGAGAGCUCUCACUGUGUUGAAGCCGGCGGCGACACACUGUUCACGGCAGAGGACGAGCGUGUUCAUCCCGCGCCGCUUCUCGCACGGAGCCCGGAGCAGUUUGUACGAACAUGUCUGCGAAGGUUACAGCGACAAACCCGAGCUGGACAUGAGAGGAGUGUGCGAGGAGACCGACAAAGUCAUAGCCAAUGUGGAGAACAGGAAGGGCGACCUGCGAGGGGACGACGUCAGGAGAAUUGUGUGUGUGUGGCAGGAGCUCCAGGCAGUGAGGACAGAAAUCUCUGAGCUGGAGGAGCAGAAGAGGGACAUCGCUGAAACUGUCAAAGCACUAGUGACCAAGAACGACAAGAAAGCCCUCGCCAGUCUUCCAGAGUACACCCAGGCUCUGCAGAAGGGUCGAGCGAUCCGCAACAGACUGAACCAGCUAUACCCCAAAGAGACUGAGCUGGAUCAGGAACACUACGGACGAGCGCUCAGACUGCCCAACACCUCACACCCUGAUGUGCCAGUUGGAGAUGAGAGCCAGGCGAGGGUGGUGGAGCUGGUUGGACAGAAACCAGAGUUUGACUUCAAGCCCAGGGGUCAUGUAGAGCUGGGGGAGCAGUUGGGUCUCAUCAGACAAAGACAUCUGGCUCAUGUUUCAGGCCACAGGUCGUACUAUCUGAGGGGAACAGGGGCCAGACUUCAGACUGCACUCCAAAAUUUUGCCCUUGACACACUGCAGCGACGGGGCUUUGUUCCCAUGGUUGUACCUGACAUGCUGAAGGGGGCAGUAUUUGAGGGUUGUGGGAUGCCGCCCAACGCCCAUCGUUCUCAAGUUUAUUCACUGGACCCGGCACGUUUCCCAGACCUCAACCUGGCUGGAACUGGAGAGGUCGGGGUGGCAGGUUAUUUCAUGGAUCAUGCAGUAAACUGGGCGGACCUGCCUGUCAGGACGGUGUGCAGCAGCACCUGCUACAGAGCGGAGACGGACACGGGCAGAGAGACGUGGGGGCUGUACAGAGUCCAUCACUUCAACAAGAUAGAGAUGUUUGGAGUGACAGCAGAUGAGACAGGAAGAGAGAGCUCUCAGUUGCUGGAGGAGUUUGUCUCUUUGCAGAAAGAGAUGUUUUCUGCACUGGAGCUACAUUACAGAGUGCUGGACAUGCCGACACAGGAGCUGGGCCCUCCAGCGCACAGGAAGUACGACAUUGAAGCGUGGAUGCCUGGGAGGAACAGUUACGGAGAGAUUUCCAGUGGGUCCAACUGUACAGACUACCAGACCCGACGUCUCAACAUCCUGUAUGAGAGAGAGGAUGGCAGCCUGCAGUACGCCCACACAGUGAAUGCUACAGCGUGUGCCAUCCCCCGAACCAUCAUCGCUAUCCUUGAGACUCAUCAGACCAAAGAGGGAACAGUACGCGUCCCGCGAGCACUGCAGCCUUAUCUGGGUCUAGAAGUGAUCGAAAAGCCAAAGUACACUCCACUGAAAUACAUCGGACCCAACCAGUCCAAUCGACCGCCCAGACCUGCUCCCAAAACCAGAUGACCCAGAUAACAAGUGUAGUGCUGUACCACCAGCCAUCGUCCACAAACACAUCCUGAGGUCGGAGCCAGUUCACAUUCAACACCACCAGUUCAGACAGGAAUCCAAUAUUUAAUAGACAUCGGGAUGUUUCAUCCAGUCUGACUGAUUGAGUUGACUGCCUGAAUGUUUAGAGGCGAUGGAUUAGAUCCUUCACUUUACUGUCACUUUGUCAUGAAAUUGUGAACGUAACCCUGAAUGUUCCCUGAAUAACCAAUAGAAUAACCAAUAAAGACAAAUGCUUCAUUUC